AUGAUUUUGAAGAAGCGAAUUCCGGGAGCCAGUGGAAAACGAUGUGUGGAGUCUAUGGGAUGGCUUAUUACAGUUGGAAAAGACGAGGGUGAAAUCAGUCUGUUACAUCCCUUCUCUGGUGUUCAGAUCGAAUUGCCCCAUCAAAAUACCACUAAAGAUUAUUAUGAACUCAACGACACUGAAGAACCGUGGGCCUUUAUCAGGAAAGCAGUUCUCUCAGCUAAUCCUUCUCAGACAUCUGACUAUGUUCUCAUGGUCAUUGAGGGACCCAACCGAUUCCUCAGUUUUUGGAGACCAGGAGAUUUACUAUGGACCAGGAUUGGGAGUGGUACCUCUUUCCAACAUGUUAGUGAUGUGGUAUAUUUUGAUGGCCUCUUUUACACGGUUGCUUAUGGCGGCUGUGUCUAUGUUUGUGAUGUUGCUGGCUUUGGACCUGCUAAAACUCAUUUCGUAGCAAAGUUACCACGGGAUCCAGAUGCGGAGUAUAGUGUGAAGUGGACAUAUCAGACAACAAAUAUUCAAGUUUUUCAGGUAGAUUUAGCUGUUGGCAAAAUGAUUGAGACCAGGGAUUUAGGGGACAGAGCUUUUUUUCUGGGCGCUAAUGCUUCUCUUUCGGUCCAAGCUUCUCAAUUUCCAGGAAUCAAGUGCAAUCAUAUUUAUUUUACAGAUAAUUGUUUGAUUGAGCACACUGAGUUUGAAGAAGGAGGCGGCUCGGACAUGGGGGUGUUCAACUUAGCAGAUGGAAGUUUCCAGCCGCAUUACGAGGGUAUUUCCCUCAGUCGUGUUUGUCCGCCACUUUGGGUCACACCAACUCUGCGUUGA